UUUGUGCCUUUAAAGCCAGAAGCAAAAGUGGACCAAGAAACCUUAACAGAAAUGGUGAAACCUAGUAUUGAUUAUGUGCGCCACAAAAAAUUCCGAUCUGGAAACUACCCAUCUUCAUUAAGCAAUGAAACAGACCGAUUGGUCCACUGGUGCCACGGUGCUCCAGGAGUCAUCCACAUGCUCUUACAGGCGUAUCAGGUUUUUAAGGAGGAAAAAUACUUGAAAGAGGCCAUGGAGUGCAGUGAUGUGAUUUGGCAGCGAGGUCUGCUCCGGAAAGGCUAUGGAAUCUGCCACGGAACCUCUGGAAAUGGUUAUUCCUUUUUGACCCUUUACCACCUUACGCAAGAUAAGAAGUACCUCUAUCGAGCCUGUAAGUUUGCAGAGUGGUGUCUAGAUUAUGGAGCACAUGGGUGUCGCAUUCCUGACAGACCUUAUUCCCUCUUUGAAGGUAUGGCUGGUGCUGUUCACUUUCUCUCUGAUAUCUUGGUACCAGAGACGUCACGGUUUCCAGCAUUUGAACUUGGCUUUUUGCAGAAGGAUUAAAAAGGUGCAAAAAGACAACUUACAUACCCGUUGGACCAAAAGCCACCUGACUGAUUAGUGCCUGACACAGAACCUACUGUAAAUCCUAAUAAAGGAAGGGAAAAAAAGGGCAAAAACCUCCACAAGCCCCUUUUGUUGCAAAGACCCCCAAAUUAGAGCAUGAGUGAUAGAAACCACAUCAUCAGCAUUUUGUGACAGCGUUUCCCUUAAUGGUGAAGUAUGAAUUCCUCAUAUCUAGGCUCCCUGUAGUGUGCAUGUUUCUUGGUGCUUGUCUGUAGAUGUAAAUUGACUAAAUAGAAGAGCCACACUCGUCACAUGAACUCUUAGCUGAGCAUGUGUGAGUGUUUAAGGUGACAGCCACGCAUUUUUGUAUAUAGUAUCUAAAGUAGGGUGUCAUCUCUAUCAACAAAGAAACAGUUGUGUGAUGUCUCUUAUUAAACAUCAGCUAGCAAAUCUAGAUACCCUGUGAGAAUACUGCGUUAGCAUUUUCCGUGGGCAGUCUUCAGAAGAGCAUGAGUUAAAGAUAGUUUCCUGGACCAGAAGGAAAGUGGGCAAGUCAGCAUGCAUUGCAGAGCUUGGGAGGCCACAGUUGACACCGCUCCCCUCUUUGUGUCUUGUGGUCAGCACAGCUAGUGACUAAAUAUUAGCAGUUCUCAGACAUCCACCCAGAUACAUUGAAACAGGCUCCACCUGUUAGCAGUAUAGCUUAUUACUGUAUAAAACAGAGUAGAUACAAUGCCAGCCGGAUCCAUCCAUAUCCCUUCAAAAAUUUAUUUCACAUUUUGGUAAAGUCUGAAUUUAAAAAUAAUACAUUCCUUAUUUUUCAUACAAAUUGAGGUGAUAAAAUAAAUUCUAGGCUGAAUUUAUACACAUAAGGAACAAAAUAUUCUAACCAAGACAAUUAUUAACUAGGUGAUUUUUUAAAUUAUUUUUAAGGACAUUAAGCUGGAAUCACAUAUGGUUAGUAAUGCUGUCACAUAAUUUUCCGAGUUUGAUGGUUGUUCAUGAUACGAGUGGGCUAGGUUUCCUAAGCGUGUUUUGUUGUGGAGAUACUGUCAUAAGAGACAAAGCAGAAUGGUGUAAUCGUCUGGACCUCAGCACUUCCUUGGUGUUAGCCCUAGUUUUUACUCCUCUUAUAAAGCAGGAAGAAUGGAGGGCGUCUGAAAGAGAAGGCUUCUUCGUGCAUAGAUCAUUUUGAGUGUUGAACCUUGCUUGUGGGGUACCCUAAACAUCUGGCCUUCAGUUUCUAAGUGAUGCCUCAUAAGUCUCUUCAUUACAGGUACUCUUGAUUCUGAGUCAUGACUAUUCUCUUUCACCUUGGGUUGAUUACUUCUAUGUGUAUAAAUCCCCAAGAUUAUCCUUUAACUCACUUCCUGAGCCUGAUAGCGGGCUUCUCAGGGCUGUCCAACACCUCAUUACCUGAAGGCAGGGCAAACCAUCCCAAACAGGCUAAAGGGAAGCCAUUCUGCAGAACAUUCUGUAGACCUCAUGUGUUGUCUGGUCUCAUCUGAACCGUACAUUUUUCAUCCUCUUGCCCAUUUUAUCAAAAAUAACACACGGCAGAGCUAAUCUUUGAGAUCCUGAUUGUUAUUUCUUGAAGGCAGCUCCUGGGGCUGUGCAGGAAGCCCUUUUCUGACUCCAGGUGGCAGCUGGUAGGGCUCUGGCUUUGGCCAAGGGCCCUGGGCAGCAGUAGCAGUGGAGACUGCCCCCUUAUGUUCACUCAUACCUGUGUGACAAAUGCUCGUCUCUUUCUGACCAACAUGCUGAGGGACAAACAAAAUUCCCAUAGGAUGAAUGGGGAAGGUUUUGCUGACAGAUUUCCUUUCAGACUGGUGGAUUGCCACCUUCCUGCUCACCACUGUGUAUCAACAGACGUGCAUCUUAGCGGGUCUGCAUGGACUUCCUUCCUCAGACCCACUGCAUGAGCUGCUGUACUACAAAAUCUGCAGCCCCCAUCCCAUGAGGCAAAGGAGAAAUGGUGCGUGGGCCAGGAUUGAGGGGUCACGUAAGACCAUUUGAGAGUUAUAAAGGUUUGAAAUCAAAUUUAAGAACAUCUCACUUUUGUUUCCAGGCCUAUUUCAUGUCAACAACUGUAUUCUUCUAAAUGUGUUGAAAAUUUAAAAAUAAUGUACACACAGAAUACCAUUUUGAAAUCUGGAGGGAAAAAGUUAAUGUCCACAAAGUGUUUGGGGUUCUUUGGUUUUGUUAAUAAAAGACAGUUUUGUGGUGAUGA